GGAGCGGCCGGGCCUCGGCGGCGGGCCUCGGCGGCGGGCCUCGGGCGGCCUCGCGCCCCCAUGGCGCCCCCUCGGUGGGCCGCCGGCAUCGACGCGUUCCGCACCGUGCCGGUGGACCUGGCCGAGGCGACGCGCACCGGGGCGGCCAUGACGCUGCUGGCGGCGGUGACGUGCUCGGUGCUCCCAGGAGCCAUCGGCUGCACCCAGAGAUGCCACGGCUCCCUCGCGUCCCAGAACCAAUCGCGACGGCGGGCGUUUCGCUGUUUUCGGGGGCCCUCGCCGGGCCUCGGGACCGGCAAACAACGAGGCGGCAGGGCAAGCCGGUCCCCGGGCAGGGGGCGAGACUUUUGGGGGUCGACGUCUUGAGAGCAGACAGUGACGUCGGGGGUCUGGGACGCACGGCGCGCCGAGGAUCGACGGAGAGAGAGCAGCAUGAGCAUGCACUUUUGGCGCUCGGCGCAGCCUCCACAAGAAACCUUCCAUGGAAGAGGGGCGAACACAAUAAGCAUAAACUUUUGGCGCUCCGCGCGGGUUUAGUGGAUCCGCGAUGGGCCCCCCCUGGCGGCGCCUCCGGCGUCGCCCCCGGCGCGCUCCGCGCGCCAGGGAGGGGGGGGGGGUCCAGCGCAGAUCCAAGACAUCCGCGCGGCGCGCCUAAAAGGUUAGUGCUUCGGCCGUUUUUCCUGUCUCUGUGGAAGGCCUCGGCUGCACGCACCCAGAGAUCCGAGGAUUUUUUUUUGGCACGGCCUCCGGGGCCCGUGAUCUGGCCCGGGGAAGGCAUCAAGGGUGGGUCUGGGACAAGGAGAUCCCCGCCAGGGAAGGGAUCGGGACCUGGCGGGGCCGCGGACUGAAAAGAAGUCAGAUCGGCGGAUGCCUGGAAACAGUGGCGAAGAGUUCGGGCUUGCACACAGGCCCACCAAAGAGUAGUGUUCUGAUGCAGAGUUGUGAACAUUCUCUUGUUCUAGGCACAUGCUUUGGCAGGCCUAGGAAUGCCCGAUAGUAGCGUCAUGAGCGCUUAUGUUUGGUCCCCCCGCGGCUCCCCCAAAGCCGCGCACCGAAGGUCACUCUUACCCAGGGUCACUUGCGUGUAGCCGGAGGAAAAGGUACCGAUAUUAGUAGUGGUAUCGGUACCUGUUGGCGCCGUGCAGCAGGGUAUGGAUCAAAAGCGUGGCCACGGAGGCCAGGAUUUUGUCCACAUAUCCCGGGCCUGGCCCCUCGUGACCUUCGUGGGGGGUCUGGGCGUGUGAGCAGAGGCAAUGGCCAGCGUUCUGAUCGCCCAGGUGCUGUUCUUCUCGAGGAACGGACAGCGGCGUAGACGCAAACUCUUUGGUGGUCCGCGCCGAUUUCUCGGAUCGGCGCUGGACCCCCCCGAAUUUUGAUCGCCCAGGUGCUGUUCUUCUCGAGGAGCAAAAAGCGGUGUGGACGCAAACUCUUUGGAGGUCCGCGCCGAUUUGUGGGAUCGGCGCUGGACACCCCUUGCCAGCGCCUCCGGCGCCGCCCCUGGCGCGCUCCGUGCGCCAGGGAGGGGGUCCAGCGCCGAUCCAAGAAAUCCGCGCGGGUCUCCAACAGUUUUCGUGGAUGCUGUUUUUUUGUUCCUCCACCUUCUGCGAGGUGAGCGCGUUCCUGUCGGCCAAUCGUGGUGGCACCCACAGGGAGGCGGUGCGAGUGGGGUGGUCUUCUGAGAAGCCCACCCCCCCUCGCGCCACCCUCUUGUGCGCGCCGCCUGCAAGCCCCGGACGGACGUCGUGCUGGACAGCAACCAGGACUCGCUGCUCCGCAUCAACUUUGACGUCUCGAUGCUCGACAUGGCGUGCGAUCACGUGACUGUCGGGGUCUGGGACGCGUUCGGCACCGAGAGGAUGAACAUCACCAGUAACGUCCUGAAGACGCGCCUAGACCACAACGGGGCGUCGAAGGGCCGCCCCUACACGGAGGACGAGCUGGUAGCGCUGGAGUUCGCGGACGCCAGUUUCUCGACGGAGGAGCAGAGGGAGCUGGACUCCGACUGGAGCAGCUCCAGCGACCAGUUCCACCACGACGACUUCCAGUCGGUGGUCGACGCGCACGACUACACGUUCGUGAACUUCUACGCAGACUGGUGCCCCCACUGCAGGGCUUUCGGGCCCACCUGGGACGCCUUCGAGGCGCAGCUGAACAGCGCCGAGAGGCCCGUCGUGGACGCCGACGGGGCGAAGGCGAACGUGAGAGUGCUGAAGAUCAACUGCGUGGACUUCGAGGAGACGUGCCAGCAGCAGAAGGUCCACUCCUUCCCGACCGUGAGACUCUACCGCCGCGGCUUCGACCAGAAGCAGUGGGUGGACUUCCGGGGCAAACGCGAGAUCGCCUACCUCGAGUCCUUCGCGCGCCACGAGGUCAAGAAGGCCCACAGAAACGCAGACGCGAAGUUCCACGACAUCUUCAGCGAGGGCUGCAGGAUCCAAGGCUUCGUGGAGGUCGCGCGCGUGCCCGGCACUGUGCACUUCCAGGCCAUGCACACGGCCGACCGCACGCUGAAUCUGGCCUUCACGAACGUUUCGCACCGCAUCAACAGCUUCACCUUCGGCGAGGAGCCCGCAGCCAUGCGGCGCAUGCUGCCGGAGGAGUAUACCAGACACGCGGCCCCCCUGGACGGGCGCAGCUUCACGGUGGACAAGUUCCACCAGGCGCCGCACCACUUCAUCAAGGUGGUGCACACCCGCUUCGAGGCGAGCGACCUCCGGAGCUACCAGCAGACCCACCAGUGGAGCGUGCGCACCAUCCAGCGCAAGACGGUGCCGCAGGCCAAGUUCUCCUACGACCUGUCGCCCGUCGAGGUGGUCAUCCGCAAGGGCGAGAGGCGGUGGUACGACUUCGUGACCUCCGUUUUCGCGAUAGUCGGUGGCGCCUUUACCGUGAUGUCCAUGGCAUCUGGUGUCCUCAACGUCGCCUCUGCGCAGUUCAAGCGCUCCAUCAACAAGAUCGGGUGACCGCUUGGCCGAUGGCUGACGGGGCGGCGCAGGGGAGGAGGGUGCCAGCUUUCUUCUUGGAGGGGCGGGCGGGGAAGGAGUGCAAGGACGAGCGGUCGCAGCAUCGAAGCUGUGAGGGCAGCGGAAGGCCUGCAGCUAUCAUUUUCCAGGUCUAGACUCUUCGCACGGCCGGCCAGGUGGGCAGCCACCUUCGUCCUUCCCCGACUACUCCGCGCGCCGCUGGCACGGCUGGUCGCUGCAUGCGUCGAGCCUCGCCAGGGAGGCACGAAGGGCAGCAGUGACGUGUCGGAUUCCCCCCGCGGCGCCUGACCUCGAAGAAGAGCAACCGACACAAGCAUAACAAGCUAC